CUACUGCUAUUAGUUUACCAACGAAAAUCGACCAGAUAUUUUGCUCUGAAGACGCUACUCUCCUUCUGGCCUCGAAUGGAAAGAUAUUGGUGGCUGGUAGCAACGAAUAUAAUAAACUAGGCGUUCCUCAAAAGGGCAAUGUAAGAACUUUUCAUACCCUAGUUUGUAACUAUGGACGUAUAAAAAGUGUGUCGAUGUGUGCCAGCAGAACGCUGUUGGUUAACGAAAAAGGACUCUUGAUUAUAUUGGGGAAGAAAAGUGGCAAGGAUCAAGAUGGCCGCAAUAACGAGGUCGUUCAAGUUAUAAAAAUGAGUUCUAAGAUAACAAUGAGUACUUGUACAAAUAGAUUUAUAACAGUGGCUGACCAGCAGAACGUUAUUUGGUUUUGGGGAUCUUACGAAAGAAAGAUCAGUAACGAAGUUUCUUUAAAUGGCGACUCUAGCAAGACGCGUAAUAACAAGUACAACUCCAUUGUGUCACUACUAAAUGAAAAUAAUUCGAACGUUAAGCAAGUUUUGUCUCCAAGUACCGAAACAAUUCACAUAAAAAACCCAAAGAGUGUUUUAGCGGUUUAUUCCUCCGAGAAAAAUAUAAAAAGUGGCAACAUAAUUCACAUAAGUGACAUAAAGGCACGGGACAAUACCGUUUUAGUAGUUGUACAUACAACUACACCACCACACACCAAAACCUUCAAUAUUUCAUAUCCAGGAAACAGUAGUUUUACGUCUCAAAACGAAACUUCACUAGCAAAGAAGAUACCCAUUUGGGAGAUACAAGAUAGAAAAUACUAACCAGUUAUCUUAAUAAAAUAUUUCAAAUCUUUAUAUUUUAUAUGUAUUUCUCUCAUAUUUGUAUCUAACAUUGGUUGCCAUUUAUGUGAAAUAUAAAAGUUUUAAAAAUUUCUGUUAUAAUUUAUUACCUAAGAAUGUAUAUACUAUCCUAAAAUUGAUUAGGGGAAUGG